AUGCCAGUUGACUACAGCAAGUGGGAUGCCCUCGAGCUCUCCGAUGAUUCCGACAUAGAAGUACAUCCCAAUGUCGACAAGAAGUCUUUCAUCCGGGCAAAGCAAGCCCAAAUCCACCAGGACCGCCUUCAACGAAAGCACAAUAUCUCGACGUUGGGGUACGAGCGUAUUAUUAACGAUGGCUUGAUGGAUCGAAUCGACCGCCUCCUCACAGCACUCAAGUCUCACAAAGCCAACGCAUCCGCUCAAUCUCCAGAGGAACUGGUUUUUCAAAGUUUAAUCGAGUCUGCUGGCGAUCCGUCGAAGGAUCGACCCCCGCCUGCACCGGAAGGUGUGCAUCAACACGUGGAAGAUCCUCCAACGUACUCAAAAAUGAUGGCCGCUCUAGUCGACCAAGUCAAAGCAGCGAUUGACAAGGACACCACGAAAGAUCGGUAUGAAGCGUUCAUAACCGAGGUGGGAAAACAUAGGGAAGAAGUCGCAGGGCUGCAAAAGCAGCUCUUGGCAAAGCUUGCAGAGCUUGAGAAGGAGGAGAAAAAGCACAUUACAAGCGACAAUCUUCAUACAGGAUUCGACUACAGCUCAGUUUCUAAAGCGAAACAAGAAGCCUCAUCAUCGAACCCCAAGUCGGUCGAGCUCUUGAACCCCGGAAGUGCUCAACGGGAUCCACUUCUACGAGCAGACACCGGGCAAUCGUCAGGUGCCGAUGCGGACGUCGAAGAUGGGAUCCGGGCUGAGGAGGAAAUCAACGAGGAUUCCGUCCGUGCCUCGAAGUUGGGCAAGGAGUUUGCAAAGAUUGACAUGGCCGACUACCGAGCACUUCUUCGCUUUAUCCAGGAACAUCCCAAGGUUCUCAACGAGAAUGAGACGGAUGGCCUGCUGAUUGAGGCUUUUAAUAGCCAAAUUGCGGGGCAGGAUAGAUACGCGAGACAGUGUGUCCACCAAGCUUUGCUUCUACAGUACUGCCGAUCGCUCGGCCUGGACGGAGUGCAGUUGUUCUUCAAGCGAGUCACCAGUCCCGGACAUAAAGCUCAAGCACUCUUCCUCGACGAUGUCAAGGGGACGUACGGCAAGAUCAAAGUCAAAGCCGCCGAAGAGAAGGCCCGACAAGAGAAAGAGGAAGAGGAAGGAGCCGCUGGGGUGGAGCAAAUCCAGUUGCAAGCGGUCGACCCAAACACCACCAUUACAGUCAACGUUCCCCCAGCCGUUGAAGACCCGUCCGUCGCACCUCCAGAGCUUGUAGCCGCACGGGAGAUCUUCGAUUCAUUCCCGCCAGGCCUUCAAAGAGCCCUCGAGACCGGUAGUUUGGACGAGAUCAAUAAGGUUCUUGCGAAGAUGAGCGUCGAAGAGGCGGAAGAGGUCGUGGAGAACUUGUCAAAUGGCGGCAUGCUGAGUGUGGAGGAGGGCGUCAUUGAUGCCACCACUGAGGAAGGUCGGGCGAAGAUGAAGGAGAUUGAGGCUGAAAGGGAUCAGGUCGUGCAUGACGAACCGACGGAUCUGGCACCCAACCCGGAAUGAAUGGCAACGUGUCACAUUGAUCACAUUGGGUGUUCGAUCUCCCAGCUACAACCUGGGAAUUCAGUAGACGUACUGCUGUUAGGGUAGUAUGAUAUCUGCCUCCGGAAAGACACACUUUUCAAACUCUACCAACGGAAUGCUGCUCCGUUAUAGUUGUCACGAGGAUUGUCGUAAAAUAUGCUCCCUCAAAGUAUCUCAUUGAUUGGUACUUAAUAGAGAACAUCAGCGUGUCAUUGCUUCGUAAGGAACCUAGUCUGCUAUGCUUUGCUUGCCAUGAAGAGGUCGAUCUUCUAAAACACGUAUUCAAGUCGUGCAAAUAAUUGAAGCUAAGCCAACGAGCGAAAAACCUAGGUAUUCAUAAUCUAGUCCGUCCAUUCAUUAAGCUUGAGAGAUAUCUGCGAAAGAGGUCGAACAGGCU